UGAAGGCCCAGUCCCGUCUCUCUAGUAUGAGUACUCUCUAUCUCGUCUCGCCGUUUCCCCCCAACACCGCCCUUCGUUCCUUCGUGUAACUCUCACUCCGCUCCGGACAUGGCAAAAAAGACCCCCAGCCCUCCGCCGAGGGCAAGAUCUCGCCGGGGCGCGGCGCCGCCGUCGCCAACCCCAGCCGCUGCUCUGAGCCCUCCCUUCUCCCCUGCCCCGUUGCGCACCCGCCUUGGCGCUGCUGCUGCUGCUGCGGCGGCGGCGGCCGCCGCCGCCGCCGCCGCCUCCUCAUCCCCCGUCGAGCACCCAUGCGUCACGCUGUGGGAAUGGUGGCCGGUGAUGGUGGAAGGGGAGGAGCGGAAGCUCGCGGUUUCCGGCUUCACUGAAAGGAAUGACGCAUUCACUUCUGCACCCAUAGCACAUCGUUAUGAGCCUCUCACGCUCCAGGAUGAAGGUGGGGUUGUGGUGCUCCUUCAUGGUUCAAUUAACUUAUUGCGAAUGCGUGAAAAUGGAUUUUCUGUGCAGAUAUGCGAACAAUUCAUGAUUGGAUUUCCGUCCUGGUGGGAGACUUGGGAUUCACACAUGGGGUCUUACCCAAACUGUUUUAUUGAUCCACGAGAGGGUUCAGCUCAGUUUUACCUGGAGAAAUUCCAGCUAGGCAAUUUUAUUCAAAAGUUUGGACCCUUGUUCAUCGAGGACCUUCUUAAUAAUACUAAAAAUUUCCCAAUCGACCAUCUCGAUGCAUUCACAGAGAGUUCAAGAUUCCAGGAAUACAACUGUGGAAAUGAUGCUUCAACCAAGGAAAAUUCUGCUGCUUCAGAUGAUGCCAGACCCGCAACUGUAGCUAAUGUGGAAAUAGGCUUGACUGCGAGCAGCAUUUCACAGGAAAGAGAUCAUGUGGACAUUGAGUGUAAUGUAUCUCUUGCUUCUGCAGAAACAUAUACUGGUGAUGAAACUUGCAAAGAGGCAGGAAAUCAGAAUGACACUAUGCAUCCAGAUGCAAGGGAAGACGAUGCUGGUAGCCAUCUUUUCAACUCCGAUUGGACUUGCACUAUGUUCCCUGAUCAUAUGCCCAAUGACUCGGAAGGUGGAAAUGCCACCAGUGCUGAAAAUACCACCAUGUCCCCUGAUAAUAUGCCCAAUGACUCGGAAGGUGGAAAUGUCACCAGUGCUAAAAAUGCCACCAUGUCUCCUGAUCAUAUGUCCCCUGAUAAUAUGCCCAAUGACUCGGAAGGUGGAAAUGCCCCCAGUGCUGAAAACUCAGUAGAACUGCUGGCUAAAUAUCAUUUAGCCAUAGUACCGCCUGAAAGUGCUAAUUGCUGCUCAGAGAUUCCUGGUGCUUCUCAAAGUGUUGAACCCUCAAGUUAUGAAAGUACUCCAGUGGCCUCAUUGAAGAACCAACACUGCUUGGAAACAACUGAGCACAUCACAUUGACUCAGAAGGCAGUAUCAAAUGAAGAUACACCAUCUUCAAUUCACUCAGAUGUGCAAUCUCAGGAAAAACAGACUGUAGGUUCAGCAGAGAAGCGAAGAUCUGCAAAGCAAGUGUUGGAGCGUCCUACUAGAUCGCCAAUGACCAGAACUUCAGCUCCAUAUGGGCAUAAAUCUCGGCUUACUCGUUCUAGGGCCCAGUCAUUAUCUAUUUCCACACCUGAGUGUCUCAAAAUGAGAAGAACCAAAUCAGAAUGGGUUGAUUUCAGGCGUCGCUCCUGUGGAUGGGAAGAAGUCAGCGAGACCUGCAAGGAAGACAAGGGGGCGUCUCUGAGUGACCUCUUGGACUGUCCAGAAGCUAACAACCUGGAAUUUCGACAUGGAAGUCCCAAGGCUCCAGCACCAGCACCAAGCGGUCGGCGACAGUAUAAGAUCCACUUGUUUGUACGGUGGACCAUCUCUGCUGGAUAUUUGCUGAUUAGGACCUUGUAACAGCAGAUGUGGGCAGCUUUUAUUUCCAUUUUGUGUGUCCCAUGCCCUAACUAACUAAAUCUUACUGGAGUGCCACAAACAUGGCAUAUCUUGCUCUUAACUAGUAAAUCUUACUGGAGUGCUGCAAAA